AUGAUCGAUUUUACAAAGGAAGCAAGUCAGUCGCUGAUCUCUACCACCAGCAGUGCGAUGUCAAACUCAUUGAUGCAUGUCAGCAGUAUCAGUCGAGCCAGUUCAUUCUCUCAAAGCUCUAGUGAAUUAGAACCGCUCAAUCUCAAGUUUAUCACAGAAGAUCAGACGUAUUAUAACCAACUGAUGGAGGAUUUGUCUAUUGUGGAUAACAUGUGCGAUGUCUUUGAUAAUGACAUGGAAUCAUCGGCUUCAUUUGACAAACAAGUGCUCGACAUUGCACGACAAGUAUCAUUGAAACACCAAGUAUUGAACCAAUUACUGCAGUCAGAAAAUGAUUACCUGGACGAUUUAUUCACAUUCCACGAGAUAUACACACUGAAAAUACAACCAUGGCUUCUCAAUACCACAGACAAGGACCUCACUAGUAAAUUUCUGUCCACACCGCAUAAAGACCAACUCAACAGCAUGUUCCAGAAUAUUCAUACAAUAGCAGUGACACACAAAGCAUUUCUUGUCGAGCUGAAAGAGAGGAUACAACUUUGGGGACCAACACAGCUUGUGUCUGAUAUUUUCAGUCAUCUUUAUUCUCAGUUGGAUGCUUACGAACCAUUCAUGCUACAUCAUCCGGAUUAUGUCAUGGCUCUAGAUACCCUAUAUCAUAUACCUUGCUUUGCAAAGCUGGUUCAGUCCAUCACAGAGAAGCAUGCCGUCGUCAAGGUGCAAGACAUUGUGUACUGCCUCCAUGUGCCGUUGCAUAGACUCUCUGUCUACAAUAAAGCAUUGAGCCAGUUGAAGCGGUACAGUGAUCCAGCCUAUCCAGAUUACACAGCUCUGCAUAGCGUAUCGAGAAAGUUCAAGCAGCUGGAAAGCCAAUGGGCAGACAGAGCUCAGGAUUGCCAAUCGCACCUGAUGGUCUUGGAGGCAUCCAGAGCGAUAGACUCUUGUCCUAUCCUAGUAACGCAUAAACGAAGAUUGCUGUUAUUUGCAAAUUUGAUCAAAGUAGACCUGGAUGAUAUUACACUGACAUCAGACACCCGCAUGUACUUUUUAUACAAUGACUCGCUUAUUUACUGCAAAAAGCUAAAAGAAAACAAAAAGGGCUCCACGGCCGCAGCCAAGAAACUCACCUACAAGGGCACGCUCAAUCUCCAAGGCGCUGAUAUUCGACAAUUGGCGCCUUCCUUUUGCGCUAAAAUGUGUGAAGUAAAGAAACCCUUGUUUCGUAUAGGCAAAAAGUCUUCUUCCUCCUCUGACACGAGCUCAUUACCCGGAGUCGAAGCAUUUGGCUUUGAACUGGUAACGUCAGAAAGCAAUCUCGACGCCAUGUCUCCGUUACAUCAAAACUAUCAAUCUGCCAUGGCAGGUGCAGGUGCUCCUAUUCGCAGGCGACAUGUGUUGAGAACUAAAUCACAGCUUGAACAAAAGACAUGGUUUGAAACGAUUCGAAAGGCGAUUGCUAUUGCCAAUGCUCAGGAAUAA